AUGGAUCCAAGGGGCCCUCCCGAGGGGGCCCCUGUCGACUCACCAGAGAUGCCACUUAUGGAUAAAGUAAAUGAAGUCACAGAGCCCUGGCCUACAGAGCACACAAGAUCUACAGUAAUGUGUGAUCAGCCUAGGAAAACUAACAACAGACUUCUUUUCUUGACUGUUGAAUAUGUGGAGGAUCAAUCUCGAGAUUAUUCCAGAAUCUUUCCAGCCUAUGAACAGGUUUCCUUUUCUCCACGUGCUACAUCUCCUCUCUCUGAUUUUGAACAUCGUGUAAGUCCACUGGAUCCCAACAUGAGUUCUGCAGCGAGGUACUCGCCAACUCCAGUUCAGCUACCACCAUCACCUUUUCAUAAUUCUGUGGUUGUUCUUCAAGGCCCAUCCUCACCUCUGAUAUCCCCUCCUGAACCAAAUGUUCGAAAUAAUAUUAAUUACGUCACACCACUGGCUCAUCAAACCACCACACAAAAUGUACCUCAAACUGAUAACUCUCCAGAUUUUGUUGUGGCUGGAAGCGAGGAAGGGCUUGUUCCUGGCGUUGGGGGUGAAUUAAUUUUAAUGCAGGGGUCUACACCCGAGUUAGAGCCAUCUACAGCACCACUGAUGCUUGCGGAAAUACCAGCAACCGAUUUCACGUUGACUCGUGAUUUUCUGGUGAUGCACGAUGACCAAAUGAAUGUAAUGGGGCCUUUUAAGAGUCAAAACGUCGAAUUGAAUGAAGGACAUACGAGCAAUACCCCUCCUUCAAUAAAUAGGAACAAAGGAAAUGUGACAAGACCAAGUGCAACAGUACAAAAGCGUCAAUCAAUGAAGGAUGUGCCGGAACAGAGCGGUCAGAAAGUGUAUACAGAAAAGAGGAACGUGCGAAGAUCAAAGCGGCAAAUAAACGAUAAGAAGACAUUUUGGUGCGAAGAAUGUGAGAGUGUCUGUGUAAAUUCUGAUGGAUGCACCUCACAUAAUGUGCGUACCAUUGCUGAUCAACCCGUACCCUCGCGCGCUAUAGCAACACUGCCAGGAUCUUAUUUAUCCAUAAAUAAGCUACCAACUCCCAAUGUCCCAACGGUUGGUUAUAAUUACGGAGUUUUUGCAAAGCGGAACAUAAGGAGGCGCACGCAAUUCGGUCCUAUAGAAGGAAUAUUGUGCGCUUACGAUGGUACACCAUUCGAGAAUGCUUUGCCCCUUCUUUACGAAUCUGACAAUGGUGAAUUUCUAAAGAUUGACGUUUCCAACGAGAAUGCAUCGAAUUGGAUGCGCUUUGUCAGACCUGCACUAUCAUACAUUGAACAGAAUCUCGCAAUAUGUCAGCAAAGUGAUGGAAUAGUCUUUCUGACAACAAGAAAUAUCCUUCCCAAAGAGGAAUUGAGAGCAGGUCCCAGUGUUGAGUACGCCGUGCGCAGAAAUCUGAAGGUAUUCGAGCCCGAAUCGAAAGAGGAGAAGGAACUGAACAAGUCCAAUGCUUGGCCCUGCUUUGAGUGCAAUCAGCGAUUUUUAACCUCAGAAAAGUUACAGAAACAUUUGAACGUGCACGACAAUCCGAAGAAUGAGAUGAAGUCAAGAAAUAAGCGCAAAAAGAUUCACGUGGCGUCGAAUAAAUUCGUGAAAAUAGUCGAUGGACAGACGCUCGUAUACACCUGUCCCUACUGUCCAAAAGUCUUUCCACGAAGUUACAGUUUAAAGCGACACCUCCUAAUACAUCCUGGAGCCAAGGCACCACGCUACGAGUGUACUAUAUGUGGAGAGAAUUUUCUUCAUCCGUAUAAUCGCAGUCGGCACAUAAAAAUAUUUCAUGGUGAGAAUCCAAAGGAGAAAGAGAACAGCCGUCAGAAUUCAUCCGAAUGGAAGUGCUCAACAUGCACUCUGACCUUUGACAAAGCGUCCCUUCUCAAUUUGCACAUUCUCAUUCAUGCUGCCGAUAAUAUCGAAACUGGCCAUCAAUCGAGCAUCUGUCCCCAAUGUGGUUCUGAAUUUGAAAAACGCAGCGACCUGGUAAAUCAUGUCUCGCAACAUGGUCGACUGCAACUGCCAAAACCUACGAAGUUGACACCUCUGGCUGCAUACAAGUGCACUAUGUGCUAUAAGCGGUUUGCUACCAAAGUGAGGCUGCAGCAGCAUUGCUUGGUUCACGGGGCGGAGGAUCAGAAGCCACUGCCAUGCAAUAUCUGCCUUAAGAGAUUCAUGAACAAUUCCGCCCUGUCCUGCCACCUCAAGACUCAUCGGGAGGAUAAGCAGAUAUUCGAGUGUCCCAUGUGCCGGCAAUUAUUCGACCAAGUGCUCAUGCUGAAGGAUCAUAUCGAAACUCAUAGGAACGCAGACGAGACUUUUAGCUGUCCACAAUGCCCGCGUACUUUUACUAAAUACUCAGUAAUUCGCAAGCACAUCAGAGCGCAUCACUGCGAGCGAAAACACAAGUGUCAAUUCUGCACGAAACGAUUUCCUACGGUAGACAAGUUAAGAAUGCACCUGCUCAGGCAUUCGGAUCACAGAGAGUUUCACUGCGCGAAUUGUGAUAAACAAUUCAAAAGGAAGGACAAGUUGAAGGAGCACAUGACCAGAAUGCACAAUUCGGAGCGGACCAGUCAGGAACAGGUGUCACAGAACAAUCAGGCGAAAAAAUUUGUGCCAAAGGUUAACCCGACGGACUAUAAUCGAUUUGUGUACAAGUGUCACCAGUGCAUGGUGGGCUUUAAAAGACGGGGGAUGCUCGUCAAUCAUUUGGCCAAACGUCAUCCAGAUGUUCCACCAGAAUCGGUACCCGAAUUGAAUCUACCGAUUCUACGGCAAACGCGUGAUUACUAUUGUCAGUAUUGCGAAAAAGUUUACAAGAGCAGCAGCAAAAGAAAGGCUCACAUAGUGAAGAAUCAUCCUGGUGCUGCUUUACCGCCGAGUAAUCGGCACAAGGAAGCGGAUGUUUCUGGACUGCCAAAUCCUACGUUCAGCCAGACCGUCGGUAGUAUCACAACGACGCCUCAAGGCUGUCAAUGGUGUCACAAGCAAUACGCCAGCAAGGCAAAACUUUUGCAACAUCAGCGCAAGAAACAUCCGACUCUCAUGGAGCCGGCAGAUCAGGUACCACGAGCACGAAAUCAUCCAUCCCAGAAUCAAAACAUGCCACCGGAACUUGCCGACAAUAACUUUCUGAUGUCUGACUACAUACAGGCCUGCGAUAUGGACACUGAUUUUCUCAAGCCAAAGAUAAUUAAAAUCUCUGAUGAUGUCGAUCUGAUAGGUACCGGGCUCGACUUGGUGAGCCAGCAGUUCGUGCGCAUGCGCGACAUACGCUGAGGAGACUUGCGGUAAGCUCGCGCGACGAGCUUGUAGAAACAAAACACGUAUCGAGAUAUGAAUCUCUUGACUUUGUGCACAGCGACAGUUGGCUGUGCUUUUUGCUGGCGUUACCAAACGCGGCCGUCGUUGCUCAGGCAGAGUGACGACACACUUGGUCCGAAUCUUUUGGAACGUAGCUUGUUGGCGUCAACGCGAAACGUUGUCGCUCAUCCUGGGCUAGUCCUGGGGUGCAACCUUGUUGAUCGAUUUCAUAGCGAUGAGGCGUUCACUCUCUCGCCGCGAACGGUUCCGUCAGAAACGGAACGCGUUCAUUUUUCUGAUUGCUUCUUCCGCGUGUCGAGCAAGGCAGCAUCUGAUCGAUGUCUUUCCUCCUUGCUUAAGAUCCCGGAAAUGCAAGUGACAUGCGUUUGGAGUAAAGGGUAACGUACGACUCCAUUAACAAAACGCAAUUGCGAGUGUCAGCGCCGCACAGCGUGCUGAUGCCUUCGCGUUGCGUGUUUCUUCUCACGGGAUUCUGGAGUACGUAAGGUGCACGGUGCACAGGCGCACAGGCGCACAGUUGCACAGCACAGUAGCAGCAUGGAAGCAGCCGGUUCUUCGGCGGUGCUAAAGCCUCUCUGAAGAUAUUAAUUGAGCUUACUCGUAAUCGUUCAGCUCUGCGUGUUGCGUCGUGGAGAGAACUCCGUCUAUGGCUCUAGGCUCUGCGCCCUUUGGGGCUCUAAUCCCAACCGCGUUCCUUGUCGACUAACUAGCUUAAUUCGCAAAACCGAUUUACUAUCGAGUCUUUCCCUUCUUCUAUUUCCACCGUCUCUCCGCGUUGUAUGAUUCAAAUCGAUGCAGCCUCGUAGUCCACUAGGCGAAGAAGAUAAUUCGUGUCUUCGUGAAUUCCCGGUUAGGUCCUUAGACUUUCAAAACACUCGGAAUCAGAGUGCAAGGUCUCUUCGGGUGAGACUGUGCAGAGCAUCGAAGUUUGAGUCUUUUGAAUUUUGAUGCCGUUUUCGAGGACGCCCUUCCGAGCUUCAGCGACUCGACCCACAAAAGGCACAAAGUUACGUAGUUCGUAACUUGUUUUUAUCUGCUGAAAAUAUGACAAUUACGAGAAGAAUUUUCGGUAAUGUUAGAUUUGUUUUACACAUAUUAUAUACAUGUAUGGUACACAUUGUCGCAGUUAAAGAGAAAACAGGCUGUAAGUUUGUGAAUGUCAUUGAAUACACGGAGGACUGUACUAUAAAAAUCAUUUAAAUAAAGUUAUUUAAUGAUCGGUACAAUGAAAGCACCGUCUACAUGUUACAUUUUAUUUUAAGGUUUCCCCAUCCCUGCGACCGU